UUCCUUCCAUCUUCUUCAUGGAUUUCUAGUAUAGUUCAGAUUCGAGACAGGGGAAAAAAGCAGUUGCAAUUUUCCAAUCUCGAAUCUGAAGUCAAAUUAGUUAGUCGAUUCAAAAUACAACACCAACAACACCGUUUUUUUUCCUCCCUUAAAUUUUCUCUCCGUGCCAUGGCCAUUUGUCGCGGGAAAAUCAACACCAUCUCGUUGCUGAUUCUCGUCAUUGCAAUGUCAAUCGUGGUGGCUCCGCCGACAAAGGUGACUGCCGCCGGGUUAUUGUCAGAGCUGUUUCCGAUGGUGAACGUGACGAUAACCAACAAUGCGAGCCACGAGGUGUGGUAUAUGUGCAAUAACAAGGGUGGUCCUCAUGAUAGAUUGUAUAAACUUGGUGUUGGAGGGGUGAGCCAGUGGGCGAUUCGGGACAUAGGUUUCCCCUUGGUGUGGUGCUACAUGCACAUCAACGACGGCAUCCAAGGUGUGUUUUGGGGGUUUCUUCCCAAAUAUAGGUGCGACCGGCAUUGCGAUUGGUGGGUAAAAGAUGAUGGAUUGUAUCUUUAUACUAGAUAUGAUGAUGGGCAGUACAUUUGGCUUUACCAGGACGGAGAAUACUUCUAAGCAAAAAAAAAAAAAAAAAAAAAACUUCCUUGUUCGUUCUUUCUCUCUCGAUUGUUUGUUGCACAAGAUUUGUCGUUGUUGCAGUAGUUAGUUAUAAUUUAACUAGCUAUAUGCGGUAUAUAAUAAUAUGAACUCUCUCGAAAUUCUCAUUCUCAUUCUCGGGUUUUUUUUUUUAAUGUCUAUUACUUGCAUAACAACGCAUCAAAUUAGACCGAAUAAAUAAUCAAAUCGAAAACGAAGGUAAACACAAUAUAUACUUUGGUUAAAUUUCAUUUUUUUUCUUUUUGGUUUGCAAAUUUCGAUAUUUUUAAUAUAAAGAUUAAAAUGAU